AUGUCAACCGUUGUCCGCGCGGCUGGAUUGGUUGUAUACCGACGUGUGGUGGACCGCGUAGAAUUCCUUCUUCUUCAAGCCAGUUAUCCACCUCACCACUGGACUCCACCAAAAGGACACGUCGAUCCUGGGGAAGAUGAGUGGGUAGCCGCACUUCGAGAGACUAAGGAAGAAGCAGGAAUUUCACAAGAAUGGUUGAAAAUUUACGAAGAUUGUCAUGAAACAUUAAGGUACGAGGUAAAUGGUAAACUGAAGACUGUUAGAUACUGGUUAGCGAUGUUGCGAAACCCGAACGAUGUGAAACUUUCUCAUGAACACCAAAAUAUGAAAUGGGCUGAACUGGAUGAAGCGAUUAAAAUAGCAGAAUAUGCUGAGAUGGGAGCGUUGCUGAGAAAAUUCAAGGCUUACAUAGAUAAUCUAAAAUAA